CUGUUCCAGAAAUUCCUUUACCAAAGAUUCACCAACCAACUCACUCGCAUUCCAGGACCUGAGAUCUCAAAGUGGACAGACAUUGUUUACAAUUAUUACUGGUUCAGUGGAAGAGUCCCAUUCUAUAUCCACAGUCUUCACGAAAAAUAUGGCCCUAUUGUCCGCACAAACACGGCUCAAGUCGACAUCUGUGAUGUGGAUGUGGCACGAGAAAUCUACAAAACCAAUAGUCGCUACAUGAAGUCCGAAUUUUACAACAACCUUAUUGGCAAAAAUUUCCAAAAUAUGUUCAGUACCACCGAUCCCAAGUUUCAUUCCAGUCGACGACGUCUCUUGGCGACUCCCAUUUCCGACUCCGCUCUCACUAAACAUGAGCCUCUCGUCGCGAGUCGGGUACAAAUGGCCGUUGAUAAGAUAUCACAAGAAAUGCAGACCCAGGGAUAUGCCGACGUGUUUAAGUGGUGGUUAUUCAUGGCGACCGAUGUAAUUGGUGAACUGAGCUUCGGGGAAUCUUUCCAAAUGCUCGAGAGUGGGGUGAAAAACCAAUACACCAAGGAUUUGGAAAGUCUAUCAAGCCUCCAACCCAUCCGGACCACAUUCCCAACUAUGGUAUACCUUGCUCGAAGUCUCCCAUUACCGAUUUUCAACCGCGCCGGCGCAGUUGCAAAUAGGAUGACCCAGUACGCGCUACAAUCAUUGCAACGAUACACAAAGCACCUUGAAGAAAACCCCACGAACCCCAAGCAAACCCUCUUCACAAAAAUUCUCGACGAGAAAACGGGUCUCUCGCUAAAAGAUAUCAAAGGUGAAGCUCAGGGUUACAUCGUGGCUGGAAGUGAUACCACAGCGGUGACCCUGACAUAUCUCGUUUACUGCGUCUGCAGUGAUAUACGUGUACGAGAGAAGCUGGCAACAGAGCUCGCGGGACUCCCCUCGCCAGUCUCCGAUAAUGAUCUUCGAAACCUGCCCUAUCUCAAUCAAGUGAUUAGCGAGACACUCCGCUUACACACGGCCGUUCCACUUGGUUUACCAAGGGCCGUCCCUGUAGAGGGUGCCACAUUGAAGGGAAUGCAUGUUGCUGGUGGAACAACAGUAUCGUCGCAGUCUUAUAGUCUUCAUCGGGACCCAGAUAACUUCGCCGACCCUGAUCGGUUUUACCCCGAGCGAUGGGAAAACCCGAGCAAGGAUAUGAAAGAUGCUUCGAUACCGUUUGGUGCGGGCUCACGAAUUUGUAUUGGUAUUCACCUAGCACGGAUGGAGCUCAGGUUGGCAACGGCUUUAUUUUUCCGUCAGUUUCCUCGGGCUAGGGUCUCUUCCUGUGAGGGUAUGAGUGAUGAGGAUAUGGUUAUGAAGGCUUUCUUUUUGAUGGCUCCCCGGGGGCAUCGCUGUCUUGUAGAGGCGUGA